AUGCUGCCCGAGAAGAGGAAGUCUAAUGAUCUCAUGGAGCCACAGAUCAUUGACUACCUUUCCCACAAUGCUCUUCACUUUCCAGAAGUGGACAGUUUUGGUCCAGAUCAUCAGUUCAGUGACCCUCCCACUUCAGACAAUGAAGCAGCUGUCCCAAGUACCAAGUUCUCUGAGCUGUUGAAGAAGUGUGUGUAUUUUGACAUGCUGUGUGACCAGCAGGUGCAGAAACUGCUUCAGCACCCUCUGGUGGCUGCCAAUGAAGAUGCUAGACAACUAGUGGCUGAUUAUGCUGCAUUACAGAAACAGAAAAUGCUAAAUAAACCAGCUGCCAAGCAUGAUCAAGCAAAUAAGAGAAUGUCUCCAACUGCCAUCAUGUGUUUUGGCGGCCAUGUUUGUUCAUCAUCAGAAUGUGCAAAACCUGACCAAUGUGAGGGGAACUCCGCCGCGAGGGAAAUGCUGUGGUUCUCUCAAGACAAGUGCACCUUCUCAGUAGAAUCCCUCACUAACGAUGACAACUCCGAGCUUGGUGAAACUGCUCUCAAGAUGAUUGGUUGUCAAGUUACACUUGUCGGUGUAGCAGCUGCUCAGGAACUCCAUGUUUGA